UUGAAAGCUGAGUUAACCUAAAAAUCGUUGCUAGGAUGAAAAUAAACAAUGUUAUAGAAAAGAUAAUUAAUUGCGUUUGAGUGAGUGUAGUUAGUAUAAAAUAAUUAAAAACAAUGAUUACGUUGUCGCAGAGGUUAAAAAGGAAAUCGCAAAACGAUGAACCCACCAGCUCAAACAGGGCCUCAAUUAGAGAUAGACUUUUAGUAAAAGAGGCACAGGAAAUGUCUCAGUUAUUACCGUCGUGCUGUUCUGUUAACUACGACAAUGAAAACGAUCUUAGUGUGUUUACCUUAAUAGUCAAACCUACAGAAGGAUAUUGGGAAGGUGGAAUUUUCAAGUUUGAAAUUAACGUAACUGAUGAAUAUAACAUGGUUCCACCUGUAGUUAAAUGCCUGACGAAAUUAUGGCACCCAAACAUAACUGAAGCAGGAGAGGUUUGUUUGAGUUUAUUAAGACGUCACAGUGUGGAUGGUAUGGGUUGGUCUCCUAUUAGGCGCCUUAACGAUGUGGUUUGGGGUCUUCAUGCACUUUUUACUGAUUUAUUAAAUUUCGAUGAUCCUCUCAAUGUUGAAGCUGCAGAAAUGUAUAGACAUUCAAAAGAGGAAUUUAAAAUAAAAGUUAUGGAAUAUGUAGCACAUUUUGCUCAAGAAUGAUCUUUUUAAUAUUCUCUAAGUGUAUAGGUAUUAAUUUUAUGUAUUUUAAAGUAAAUUAUUGUAUAAAAUAUUUGUAUAUUCUAAUU